UAUGCGCGAAGCGGAUGAACAAUCUCUUCCAAUGUCUUCGGUAAUUUCAAAAAAAUUGAAAUCUGUUUGGGAAGCAUUUAUAGAUAAGGAUAAGGAUGUAAGAGACGACACGCUUAUUCAGAAAUUACUUGACUAUUUGAGAUAUGCAAUUACCAUUCAGAAAAACUUAGAUAUUAUCACUUCUUUGUGUCAAGAUCCAACAUUAAAGAAAUUUGUAACGGCGAGUGUGGGGAGCAGUUUACGAAAUCAUAUAGCCCAAGUGGGCUAUAGAAUUACUGGAUUUUUAAUCGACGAAUGUUAUAAAGAUUCAGUGUGGCAAGAAAAUCUCAGGCUUCUACUAGAAUCGGGAUGGAAAUCUGACGAUGAUUUAAUCAAAAUAGCUGUGGUAUUGACACUUUCAGACGCAUCGUCUUCAAAAAAUGUUAUUGAAUACCUGAUAAAAAAAGAAACUAUCUAUUUAGACGAGUUAUUCUCAUCGUUUCUAUCAACCAAUUAUCAUUUGGCUAAUGCAGUGAGAAAAUGUAUCUUAUCAAUGAUAUCUACGUGUCUCCAAAAACCGACAUCAAAAUUAAGGCAUUCUCUACUCUCAAGUAUCAUUUCUCGUUUCAAAAAUAGUGAAUCGAUCCUUAUUAGUAAAAAUUUCUCUAAUCUCCUAAACGAUGCUAUAAAAGAUCCAAUUUUAACUGAGACUUUAGCAUCUAAAGGAAUUUUUUCUCAGCUAAUUAAGUUAGCCCCUCAGUUGACAACAGAUUUCAUAUGUAUAUUAGCAGAUAUUAAGAAGAGCUUAACCGCUGAUGACCUAAAUUUGCUUAUUAAUAUACCGAAAGAUUGCCAAGCAAAGGGAAAUAUAUCAGUUUCAUUGGCUAUACUUGAUUUCGUUGUCAAAUUCGAUAAAUGCUCUACUUUAACCGACUAUUUAACUGCUGACCUACUUGCCCCAGUUAUAAUAUUUGUAUCCGGAAAGAAAAAUGAGAGCGAAUGCUGGAUGGAUGUCAUUAAUGAUGAGAAUAGAUCUCAGACCAUUAUGCUGGAAUUGUUAGGCAGAUUGGAGAAUAAUAUGAUCAUUGUUUCAGAAAAUUGUCAAUUAUUUCAAUUAUUUACCGAAAAAUUAUUCUUUUGCACAGCUAACGAUAAAAAGGAUUUCUAUACCAAAGUUUUGUCGGAGAGUGUAAGAGUUCGAUCUAGCAUUUUACGUCUGUUAUUGGCUGUUGCUCAAUCAGAAAAGAAUUUUUACGAAAUUUCCUUCAGGAUUGCCUCAGGUUCAAAUUUUUCAGCUCAAGAACAAGAACUAUCUUUACGAAUUGCUGCCCUUAGUUGCUCGAACACUCGUCAAGCAAGUAAAUUGUUCGACUUAAUUGAAUCAUGCCUUAGUAGAAUGCAUAGUCAAGUAAGAGAUGAAGCUAUAAAUAGUCUCAAUAUUCUGGUUAAUGAAGACCUGCUUACCGAAGAACAUUAUGAUAGAGCCAUUCAACAAAGCUCAACAAAAGAUGCUGAUUCAUACGUUAGGGCCAGUUUAGUUGGUUGCCUUUUGAAUAUGCUAGUGAAACGAAAGUUAAAAGAUAAUCAAAUGAGAAAGGUAUUUGACGACGUGCAGACUUUGAUAAUAGAGGAUGAUGAAGCAAUACCAAGAAGAGCAGCUGUUAAGGGUCUCACGGAAGUUAUUAAAAACUCAAAGGAGGGAGACGAAUGGUAUAUACGUAUGGUUCUAGAUUCCGCUAAGCGGUGCCUAAAAGAUCAAGACUGGGAAGUUAGGAAAAAUCUAGUUUAUCUCUUAAAAGAAGCUUUUCAAGCCGAAACUGUGGCUUCAUCUCUUCUAAAAGAAGCAGACGCCCAUAUAGUUUUAAUGUCACUCGCAAAUGAUAUUGAAACGACUGUAAGAGGAGCUGCGCUUGAUUUAUUACAAAGUGUUUAUCCAAGUUCUAAUGAUUUACCAAGCUAUGCACAACCAGUGAAAGAAGAUGUCAUCCCCCUCGAUGACUUUGUUACAAAACCUGUGUCACUAUUGGACGAUAUCUUAGCAGAUAUGGAAGUUGAUAUUGACUGCUAUUAA